UUUAGUAUCUACCUUCGAGCUCGCAUCAUCAUGAAAUACUGCAUCGUCCUUGCCCUGGCUGCCGUAGCCUCCGCGGCUCGUCUGGACAACGUGUACCUCCCUCCCAACGCCAGGUCAUCUGGUGGACCAAACUCAGGUUUACAGGCCCCUAAGGGAGGUUCGUUUCAAGCACAACAGAGCCAAGGAGGUCUCAACGCCCAAGCCCAAAGCUACUCCAGUGCCUCAGCCAGCGCCUCAGCCAGCAGCCAGGCCGAGAUCCUCAGGUUCGACAACGAGAUCAAUGAGGAGGGCUUCCGGUAUGCUUAUGAGACCAGCGACGGCACCAAAGCUCAGCAGGAAGGCCGCGUGAUUCCCGGCGCCAAACCCGAGGAAGGCUCCCUCCAAGUCUCCGGUUCUUACUCGUACAUCGGUGACGACGGCCAGACGUACUCGCUAACGUACACCGCUGAUGAGAACGGAUACCAUGCCGAGGGUUCCCACCUUCCUACCCCUCCCCCGAUUCCAGAGGCUAUUCUUAAGAGCUUGCAGCUCACAGCUGGAAAUGGCGCUCAAUACGACAGUCCAAGGAGCAGUUACGAUGCCGAUAAGACUGGCUACUAACAAACAUACAUACAUACAAUUUAUUAAUCCAUCUUACUAACUUGUUAAUUGUACCUACAGUCAGAGAUAAAAGCUGUUUAGUUUUAUACGAUUAUUUAAGAGUUUUGUGGUUGACUGUAAGGCCAGUGUGUGUUCUGCGGUUGUUAAUGUUGAUUUUGUAAUAAAAUUGUAAAUAUCUUAAAAUAUC